GAAAGCCGGCCUUGCUGUACGUCACCACCGGGGAAGGCCUUCUCUCGUCUCGACGUCUCCUCUCCUCCUCCAAAUCGAGAGGCCAUAGAGAGAGAGGGUCAGAGAGAGAAACCUAGCCCCUUGAAUGGAGGACUCGAACGGCGCCGAGAUCAAGGCCCCGCCGCCAGUCCACCGGCGCCCGCCGCGCCCGCGUGGAGGCGGCUUCACCCCCGAGGGCUUCGUGGCCGCGCUUCGCCGCCGGCUGAGCUCCGGUGCCGCGGUGGCCGCGCGUGCCAGCUUCGCGGCGGACUCUGGGGACGAGUCCGGCCCCCCCGAGCCCUCCUCGUCGCACCGCCGCCGCGACUCAAGCGGGGACACCUCGUCCGCCGGCGGCCCCGGGGACUUCACCGCGUUCAGCUUCCGCGCGGCUGCCCCAGUCCACUGGAAGGCGAAGGAGAGUCCCCUGAGCUCCGACGCCAUCUUCAAGCAGAGUCAUGCAGGCCUUUUCAAUCUGUGCAUUGUUGUUCUCGUUGCAGUGAACGGCCGGCUGAUUAUUGAGAACUUAAUGAAGUAUGGCUUAUUAAUACGAGCUGGCUUUUGGUUCAACUCUACAUCAUUGCGGGACUGGCCACUUCUAAUGUGCUGCCUUAGUCUACCAGCCUUCCCUCUUGGUGCAUUUUCAGUUGAGCAGUUGGCGUCCCGUAAUGUUAUUACUGAUGCUGUUGCUACCUGUCUUCAUAUCAUUCUUACAACAGCUGAAAUUGUAUAUCCAGUGCUUGUCAUUCUUAUGUGUGAUUCUGCGGUUGUGUCUGGUUUUUUGUUGAUGUUUAUUGCCUGCAUUGUUUGGCUGAAGCUCGUAUCUUUUGCCCAUACAAACCAUGACAUAAGGCAAUUAACCAUUAGUGGUAAGAAGGUUGAUAAUGCACCCAGCACAGCUGACAUGGAUAAUUUACAAGCUCCAACUUUAGGGAGCCUAAUAUACUUCAUGAUGGCUCCAACACUGUGCUAUCAGCCAAGUUAUCCUCGAACUGAAAAUGUUAGAAAAGGGUGGCUGAUUCGUCAAAUUAUUCUGUACUUGAUAUUUACAGGUAUUCAAGGUUUCAUUAUUGAGCAGUACAUAAAUCCAAUCGUCGUGAACUCUCAACAUCCAUUGAAAGGCGGACUUCUGAAUGCUGUAGAGACUGUUCUGAGGCUCUCAUUACCAAAUGUUUACUUAUGGCUUUGCAUGUUCUAUUGCUUUUUCCAUCUCUGGUUAAAUAUACUUGCUGAGAUUCUUCGUUUCGGUGACCGUGAAUUCUACAAAGACUGGUGGAAUGCAAAAACAAUUGAUGAGUAUUGGCGAAAAUGGAACAUGCCCGUGCAUAAAUGGAUUGUUCGUCAUAUAUAUUUUCCUUGCAUGCGAAGUGGUAUAUCGAAGGAAGUUGCUGUUUUUGUAUCAUUUUUUGUAUCUGCUGUGCUCCAUGAGCUUGUUGUUGCUGUCCCCUGCCGAAUUCUGAAGUUCUGGGCAUUCCUAGGGAUCAUGCUGCAGAUCCCCCUUAUCACAUUGACAUCAUGCCUCAAAAGCAAAUUCAGGGAUACAAUGGCCGGCAACAUGAUAUUUUGGUUCUUUUUCUGCAUCUACGGGCAGCCUAUGUGCGUUCUCCUGUACUAUCAUGAUGUGAUGAACAGGAUUGGGAAGACAGAAUAGAGCCCCAUCUUCUUUCUUAUUCCACUGGACGAACGGAUUCAAAGAAGCAAUAAUAUGUACAACAUGAAACCGCAUAAUUUCUUACACUGCAACAAUCUUUCUUGGAAAA